AUGUUUGGUAAAUCCACCCUAGCAAGCGUUCUGCUGCUCCUCGCCACGGCGAGCUGUCUCGAUGCCGCCGUAGCCAAUGUGCCCGUUGGCGAUAUCGGAAUAUCGCUGUUCUCCGAGCCGGCCUUUGAUGGGAACAACUGCUUGAUCAAGGCCUCCGAUCUGAAGGAGGGAGAGUGUGUUAACCUACCCGCCGCGAUCAAAGUCAAGUCCGUGAAAAAGGGCUUAGGAUCCAAGUGCUGCAUUCUCUAUCGGGCGCCGUGCCCCAAAACGCCCCAAACCUCGCUGUACAGCCAGAACAUCGGGUACCUGAACCAACGCGUGUUCGCCGACAUUAGCGACCUGGCGCCGUACGGGUUCGCCGACAUUGUGCGCAGCGUCGUGUGCCCGUCGGACGACGUGUGCGUGGGCAUCAAGAUGGACAAGGACCUGUCGCCCGAGACUAACUUUCCCAUGGGCCUGUUCUGGGUCGACAUCCGCAACAUCCCCGCGCGCAGGGGGCUAGGUCCUUGAGCCGCUAGGAGAACGGUUAGGAGAUUUACAGGUGGUGAUGGGAGAGCAGUAAAGGGAGGGAGGUAAAAGGUUAUUCAUUUGCUUGGUCAAGUUGUAUUUUUCGUUGCUAAUACCCGGGGGAUA